CAAUCCAAUACUCUGAGCCCAAAACCUCCCGUUUUGACAUCGUGUCCCGUAGAUGUUAAAUUUGAGGUUAUAUUAGUGUGAAAAUAUAUCUUGCUAUAUUCCUGGUCCAAAGAGAAUUAUAUAUAUUGGUCUUACGAGGUUAAAUUGGAACUGUGAAAGUAAUAGGUUUUACCUGUUAGGUAGUGUACUUAGAUAUUUGCCAUCCAUUUUAUGAACCGAUUUAUUUUUCAAAAAGUAUGACGUGAGAUUUUUGCUCGAAUUGAUGAACGUAUUAUGAUUGUUGAGACUAUAUUUUCGUGAGCUUCUGUAUUACCUGUUAUUUAAGUAUACAUUAAAUUACUAAAGGUAUUGUGAUCAGUGAUUGUAUAUACCUGUUACACAAUGUCUGGAUCUAGAAAGACCAGUAUUGCAUGGAAAUAUUUUACGGAUAUUGGUAAUGAUCAUGCAGUUUGUAAAAUAUGCAAUGAAUUUUUCUCUUAUAAGACUUCAGUUUCAAACCUAAAAAAACAUAUAAUUAGAAAACAUCCCUCCGUUUUAAAGAACAACAGCCCCAGUGAGUCGAGUGCUUUGAUAGACCACGAGUAUAGGACUAAAGGACAGACCGAAAGCAAUAAAGAUGCCUCCAGUGUUGACAUACAGGAUUCUAACGAUGAAUAUGAAACAAUAGAAAUUCAGCAAGAAGAUAUUCAGGACGAAACAACGGAUCCUAUGUUUGUGGAGUUUCUCGAACAUACAGGAAGCUCGCCAGCGAACAAAAUUGAGAAUUCUCCGUCACCGCCCCCUAUAGCAUCUAAGAGGAAACGCAUGCGCUACAGCUACUCUAGAGCCAAAGAAGAACACAGGAUGGAUCCUCGUCAUUUGCUAGAAAUAAAACGAUUGGAGUUAGAAACCCUUCGAGAGAAAAAUCUUAAUGAAAAAGAAAGAAUAAGAGCGCAACUAGACAGAGACUCUUUGAAAGUGCAAGAACGAUUGGUUACAUUUCUAGAAGACAUCAAGCCAGCGCUUAUAGAGUUUCUAAGAAAAUAAAUUCUCUGUGGAUGUAUAGAAGGUUUAUUUUUCCAUGUCGAAUUGCGAUAUUUGAAGGUAUUGUCUUAUAAGUCAUGAUCCAGAGCUCUUCACCGAAAGGUGCUAAGAAUCUAAAUUGUGGUCCGAUUUUCACGAAAAGAUAUAAGUAAUUAAAAGUCAAUCGAUGGUGAUUAUUGUUAAAUGUCGUAAUAAAUACAAUUUCAAAUAGU